AGUAUUGUCAGGGAACCACGCACACUGGAUAUUGAGAUGUUGCGUAUGCCAUCGCCAGCCGGGGAUUUUGGAUUUUUGCACAUACUGCGCCAUACAUAAGCUAUAGCUCAAACUAUCGAAGGAAAUACUGAUUGAACGUCAUCGAAUUCACUGAUAGAAUGUGAAGGCCAUAUGUGAUUGAAUACCGUACACUUAAUGGAGAAAACAAGUUCCGGGAGUGGUGAUGGUGGUGCAGAAAGUGAUCCUACUAAAACACAAAAGGACAGUAUCACCAUGACAACAAGUAGUGAGCAGGAUAAUCCAUUUGAGGAGUACAUGUGGAUGGGAGAUCCACAAGAAGAAGAUGCAGUCAAUUUACAGGUUAUGGAACAGAUUCUUGAAGAAGAGUUUAUUGAGUCAUGUUUUGAAGACAUGCUUGAGGAAGAAGCUCUUGGACUCUUCUCACCACCAGAUGAACAGGGUGAUGGAGAUGAUGUCAUUCCGUCUCUCCAUAGCUUGAGUCUUGAUAGUGGUGCAGUUAGUGAUCUUGAGGGAGUGGAUGGUGGUACGGGAGACCCAGAGGAUGAAUGGAGGGGCGGGGCUGAAGGAUCACCACCCUCGGGCUUUGGUGGGCAGAGUUCUGAUGGUGAAUCAGAGAAUUCUGACUCCGAUUCUUUGGGAGACACACCUCAGAGGUAAACAUGGAGUUGCUGAUAGUCAAAAUUCUUGGAAUUCUCUUCUGGACCAAAGCAAGGUGUACAUUUGCCAAGAAUAUCUAUUCAAUGUGUAAGCAUGUGUAGAGUAGUACAGAGUUCUGGAUAUGAAUGUGGAAAGUGCCAUCCGGCACAUACACGUACAUAAACAUACAUGUAAUCCAUGAAAUAAAGUGCCAGAGACAAGUUUCUCAUCAGCUUUAACAUGGUUGCCAGACCCCAACUUCCUGAGUGUGCAAGUGACAUCACAAAAUGAUAAAUGGUAUCAGCUUGGUUUCUACUGCAUGCAGCAGUUUCUGUACAUUCUUUCAUGAUCCAAACUUUGAACGGAUCAGCUACUCUGUGUUGGUUCUCCAUCACAAGUAAGUAGACAGUAAUAAUUUGGAAAAUCCAAAAAGACAGCUCAGACUGAUAGAGAAACAUCCCACUAUAGGCAUGUGUAGUUUACUUUUAAAGGUUUCAUGUAAUGGUAUGUAUACAUGUGCAUGUAUUCUUACAUUUUUUGUACAUAUCUGCUUACAAGUUAAUGAUGUACGUGUAUUACAUUUCUGCUUGCCUUGUUGAACACCUGAAACUGUGGCAUCUGUUCCUGAAUGUCAUCAGGCACAUUGUUCUGCUUUCCCUGAGUAAAACUCAAGAAAUUUAUCUUCAAGCAAAGUGGACUACAUGAACAUAAUUUUGCAUACGAUACAACUUGUCUGAUGUCUGUAGUGGAAGUUGCUGCAUACUUGUGUGACAACACUUAACAUACAUCCUAUAAACAUUAGAGACUUGUAGUAUAGUACAGCAUCCCUCAACAUGUGUUGUUUGGGAACAUUCCACUCUAAUCCUGCCUUUUGAAAAAAAAAAACACACUAAAAGUUGGUUGUAAAGAGUUUCUUUUUACUACACAAUGGACUAUGUUCACAUGAAACAAAGUUUAAUUGUGAGCACAUGUAUGCUUUAACCUGUACAUGUAGAUAAUGUUAAGAUGUAGCUGGUUUAAACAUGUACAUCCUUCAAAAUGCAUCAGCAGGUUCUGGAGAAUUUAAGAAGAUAAGAAAAGCCAUCUCCAAUCUCUGUUUCAGAGCAUGGGGCUUGCAAUAAUAGUCAUGGUAAUACACAGAAAUAAACUGUUGAGAUCCUGCAGAGUAGAGAGUGUUGUUCUGUUGGAAGCAGUCCUCCGCAUAUCAAAGAUACGCAGAAGUUUCUUUCUAAUAAUUUUUAUUUUACUUUUCAUAUAAAUUGCACAAUUUAUACAAAAUAAUUCUUGCCUCUUAUACAAAUGAAUCCAUUAUGAUAAACACACCUUAGAUCAAGAUUUUACACUAAUUCAAUAUUUACUUUAUACAUGUGAGAGGAAAAGCUAAACCAAAAGUAACGCACAGUAAUAGAAGAUGAUGUGCAUUAAGUUUUAUCUCCACUGAGUAUUUUGUUAAGACCACUGCGCAGGGAUUCAUACUGUAUACAUUGUAUUGAGGUUCUGCAGGUGAAUAAAAGUCGGAGGAGAAAAUGUAA